CCAAAGUGUGUGGACUUCUGCUAGUAUCAGUCAACAUCGAAGGAUCAAACACUUUUGUGUCUUGUUUAUGCGUCCAACUUGCCGUCGCAGCUGAAGCCUUGAUGCACUGAUGUUCCAGAUGAUGACGAAGCCUUUAAUUCUUAGACUACUGAGGUUGGCAGUGCUCAACUUAAGUACUACUCACUACCAUGACACUGUCGCCUCUUUCAUCUCGUUCCACACGCAGCAUGCAAAACGCCUAGUGUAUUCUCAAUUGUACUGUCCGUCAGAGCGACAGAACUUGAUUGGCGGGGAAACAUCUUGGUUUAAUCAAGACGACGAAGGUCACGGGCAAUCGCCAAAGCUGUCUAUGAUGCUGGUGAUGAUACAAAUGUAGAAUGCAGAUAAGUGUCUAAACUCUAUGGUGAGUGCUCCAAAUGACUCCGAAUAAGGAUAUUAAAUAUUUUGAUGAACCACUCCGAGGGGCACAUCGGAUCUCCCCCUCUAAAUUCGACCGAAUUCCCAUUCCUCCAGCAGGCAGCACAUCUUCG